GUUAUUAUGCAGUCAUUCACAGCCAAUACGAGAUCGAUCGACUAGAGCAGAGGAACAAAUUGUUUGUCUAUUUGAAAAGUUAGCUGUCAUAAACACAAAUUAUUACGAUACCGUUUAGCUCAGUUGAAGUGAUGAUCAGGUUGUGAGUUAGUGAUGGAGAACAUUGAUGAGACACGGUUUCUUAUCACCCGUACCGUCCAAGCUCUGGGCUCCGCUCUACGGAGAGAGCCUGAAAAUGUUCCCGAUGCUAAUGGUCUGGGUAGCGGUGACAGGAUCUCGAGUGAGCCGGAGAAGCUUUGGUUCAAAGAAAGCAGCGCUAAGAAUCUCCAAAACAGGGACUUCUUGUCACCCACUACGGUGCUGAAUACGCUUUAUGCAGACGGACAGGUCGGUGUGCUAGAUAGCUAGCUUCUUAAUAUUAUUAUUUUAUUAUCUUGAACCCAAAUAUAUUUUUCAUUUGAAUUGUUUGCAGUUGGGUGCACUGGUUAUAACGCAUGGGUUGACAGGCAGACACACACACACACACAGUUGACAGCACACGCUUUUAUUUUUGACAGGUUGAAGAGUCUUGAGAGAUGUGGAGGCUAAUUAUUUUACCCCGACCUAUCUUCAACAACAUCCACUUGAUGAUUGUGAACAAAAUUAAAUUAAUACGUUUUCAUAUUUGAGACCGUUGACAUUGUCCUCAUCGACAUAACAUUUAAACCCUGCGGCAAAAAUUAUUAACCCCUGACUGGCAAAUCUAAUGUGGGUCACUCACAGCAAAAUGUGGCACCAUGUUUUUACAUGGGGUCUCGCGAGUCGAUAUUUACAUGGCAUCGCUCAGGCGUUGCUGAGGUCACAGCCACAAAGUAAUAAACACCGCCUAUUUGUACAAUUUCUCUUCUUAAAAUGUGAUUUUCAACCUAACCUUAACCCAAACCUUAACUACACUGCUAACGUUAUGCCUAACUUUAAAUUAAGACCAAAAAGCACAUUUUUGUUUUCAUACAUUUUUAUGAUGUAGACAAUUUUGGCUUUGUGGCUGUGGAAUCUCGUUGAUGACGCAUGCUAGAUCUUACAUCUUUAUGUAUCAGCUAAGCACGUCAUAGCAUCUGUCAGUCGAUGAUGUGGAACUCAACCAUUGGUUGAUGCAUGCAAAGUCUGCCAAAAUAGUUGCCUGGUUGCCUUCCCUGCUCAGACGUUGCAACCAAUGGUUGCGUGGCCACGUCAUCGGGCACCAGAUUGCUAUAUCAUAAGAUGUGGUUAGCUGAUACAUAAAUUACCUAUCCAGGUAUUGUAAGAUCUGGCAUGCGUCAGCAACGUCUGAGCUGGGGACACUACCAGAGUCAUGCAGUAGGAAAAUUAGGCCUACAUUACUGAAGGCAGAAGGCUACUACUACUGCAAUAUUGUUUUUGACUGUGUGAUUGAUAGUUUGAUAGUGUAUAUGUCUUUGAAUUUUAGAAGAACUGUCUGCUAUCCAUGGACAGUAUGUAAGUGUAAUGUGUUUCUGUGUUUGUGUCUAGGUUCCCCCAGCAGUGAUGGGUAGAGUGCUGUCCCUGAGAGGGAGUGGGGUUCUCCCUGUGGCUGGGGGGGAGGUCAUGGGAGAGGGGCUGAGGGUGCGGGUCAACCGGACUGCUGCGUUUCAGAAGGUCCUGAGUGGAGUGUCGGCGUACCUGAAGCCUCCUAGCCAGAGACAGGGGUGUGUGGUGCUCAACUGCCCCGCCCUGCACCCCAAACCGAAUUUACCCUCCCCCGACACACUCACGCUGGGGCAACUACGCACUGUGCUGCUGACUGACCACUUUGGGGCGCUACUGAGGAGACAGGGGUGAGUUAGGAUAUGGUUUGAUAACUGGUCUGACAUUAUGUCACUGUCCAGUACAUUGUAUGUAUCCGUGUUGUGUAUGUUCAUGCAAUAUGUGCCAGCUUGGUUAAAUAUGUAUAGACUGCGUAGAUAGAGGGUGUUGCAUUAUCACCAUAUCAUAUAUCAGUGUUAGUAACAUCCCUGUUUUUCUCAGGUUUACUGUGUCCUGCUGCCCUGUGCUGCCAGAAGAUAGCGACAUUAUCGUCUUCCUCCGAAUACUUGGUGUCGAUUGGCCGUCAGUGCCGGUCAGCUGGACCAAUGACGAGAGGGAGGAGAAGAUGUUGGAGGCUUUACAAAAUUCCCCGUACAAAGAAAGCGAGGAGACAGAUGGAGGAAGGAGAGAGAGUGAAGGAAAGAAGAUGGAGGGGGAGAAGGAGUGGGGGAUGCUCAGGGUGAACUUGAAGAGGGUGUUUCAGGAGGAGCAACUGCCAGGGUAUGACCCCAGCCUGGGCACCUGUACAGGUAAGACAUGAAGGACCUUUGAUCCUUGACCUAGGUUAGGACCUGGGGAUUUGUUUUGAAACAUGUGCUAACCUGUGAUUAACACAUAAAUUGGCACAGACAGAAUGUUAGGGUCAAAUUGUUCAAUACAAUGAAAUUGUCUCAUAUGGAACUAAGUCUAUAAUAUGACGCCUUUAGAUAUGAAACUAAUAUAGCCUAGGGAAAUAAAACCUCCAUAGCUUAACAGUCUAUUAUAGAUUUGACUUAAGAACUGUCUGUAACAUAAUUCAUGUGAUUUUUCCUCAGUGCAAAGAGACAGUGUGUCUCAUCUGGCCCAACUGGACAGGGCUACUGCAGACUGCACAGUGAGUCAAGCUUUCUAUUCCCCAACGCUUUAAACAUCAAGCUUUAGCCGUGUACUACUAUAGUACUACUAUAUGACUAAAAUGUAAAUAUCUAUGGCCGUGUACUACAAUAACGUCUCAUGUUUGGUUAUCACAUCUCUUAUUGACCUAGGUAUCCACGGCAACCGCGGUACAUGUCACUUCCUGUCAGGAUGAGUUCCGUCAGCAGCAGAUAGCGAUGCUAUGGAGAGCCAGCGGUGCAACAGUGACACAGGUUUGUUUGACACAACAUUAACUACCACAUAAUGGUGAUCUGUACUUCACCAUACUAACCAAUAGAGGUGCACCCAGGGGUGAAAGUAAGCCGGUGCGGUCCGGAGUACCGGCAAAAUAAAUAGUGCCGGUACGGCGUACCGGUAAAACAUGAGACUAUCACAAUAAUUAAAACAAAGAUGGAAAGGUUGUGUUCACGCCCCAUUAAAAGGUAAUAGAUUUUUAAAGUUAAAUGACAUGUUGUUACUGUUAAGCCCAUUCAAGCGUGUGUAUGCAUAGGAAGUACUGUACUGGGAAGAAAUUAAAUCUACUUUCACCACUGGGUGCACCAAUAAAAAAUGUUGAUGACUGAUUCAAGUACCAAGUCCUUACUGUUGAGGGUGCCUUGUAAGGAUCCGACGGCGAGCGAGUAAUCUGCUUCUUCCAUCAAUCCUAUUAGCCAACGUACAAUCAUUGGAAAACAAAAUGGACGACCUAAGAUCAAGAAUAUCCCACCAACGGGACAUAAAAAACUGUAAUAUCUUAUGUUUCACCGAGUCGUGGCUGAACGACGACAUGGAUAACAUACAGCUAGCGGGAUAUACGCUACAUCGGCAGGAUAGAACGGCUGACUCCGGUAAGACAAGGGAUAGUGGUCUGUGUAUAUUUGUAAACAAUAGCUGGUGCACAAAAUCUAAUACUAAGGAAGUCUCGAAGUAUCUCAUGAUAAGCUGUAGACCACACUAUUUACCAAUAGUUUUCUUCUAUAUUUUUCGUAGCUGUCUAUUUACCACCACAAACCGAUGCUGUCACUAAGAUUGCACUCAAUGAGCUGUAUAAGGCCAUAAGCAAACAGGAAAACGCUAAUCCAGAGGCAGCGCUCCUAGUGGCCGGGAAACUUAAAUGCAGGGAAACUUAAAUCCGUUCUACCUCAUUUCUACCAGCAUGUUAAAUGUGCAACCAGAGGAAAAACAACUCUAGACCACCUUUACUCCACACACAGAGACGCGUACAAAGCUCUCCCUCGCCCUCCAUUUGGCAAAUCUGACCACAAUUCUAUCCUCCUGAUUCCAAAUCAAAUCAAAUUUUAUUUGCCACAUGCGCCGAAUUCAACAGGUGUAGACAUUACAGUGAAAUGCUUACUUACAAGCCCUUAACCAACAAUGCAGUAAAAUAAAAAAAGUGUUAAGUAAUAAAAUGAAAGCAAAUAACUAAAGAGCAGCAGUAAAAUAAAAUAACAGUAGGGAGGCUAUAUACAGGGGGUACCGGUACAGAGUCAAUAUAGAUAAUAAACAGAGUAGCAGAAGCAUAAAAGAGAAAAAGAAGAGGACUGAGCACGCCCCCAUUCUCAUCGACGGGGAUGUAGUGGAGCAGGUUGAGAGCUUCAAGUUCCUUGGUGUCCACAUCACCAACAAACUAUCAUGGUCCAAACACACCAAGACAGUCGUGAAGAGGGCACGACAAAGCCUAUUCCCCCUCAGAUCCUCAAAAAGUUCUACAGCUACACCAUCGAGAGCAUCCUGACUGGUUGCAUCACCGCCUGGUAUGGCAACUGCUCAGCCUCCGACCACAAGGCACUACAGAGGGUAGUGCGUACGGCCCAGUACAUCGCUGGGGCCAAGCUUCCUGCCAUACAGGACCUCUAUACCAGGUAGUGUCAGAGGAAGGCCCUAAAAAUUGUCAAAGACUCCAGCCAUCCUAGUCAUAGACUGUUCUCUCUGCUACCGCACGGCAAGUGGUACCGGAGCGCCAAGUCUAGGUCCAAAAGGCUUCUUAACAUUUUCUACCCCCAAGCCAUAAGACUCCUGAACAUCUAAUCAUGGCUACCCGGACUAUUUGCAUUAUCCCCCCCACCCCCUCUUUUACGCUGCUGCUACUCUGUUUAUAAUCUAUGCAUAGUCACUUUAACUCUACCCACAUGUACAUAUUUCCUCAAUUACCUCGACUAACCGGUGCCCCCGCACAUUGACUCUGUACCGGUACCCCCGGUAUAUAGCCUCCCUACCGUUAUUUUAUUUUACUGCUGCUCUUUAGUUAUUAGUUAUUUUUUACUUAUCUAUUUUUUACUUAACACUUUUUUUCUUAAAACUGCAUUGUUGGUUAAGGGCUUGUAAGUAAGCAUUUCACUGUAGUCGGCGCAUGUGGCAAAUAAAAAUUGAUUUGAUUUGAUCUGCCGAUGCCUACAGAGUUUCUGUCACUCUAAAUUUCAAGCUUCUGCCUCCAACCCUGGGAAACUAUUCUCCACUUUCUCCUCCCUCCUUAAUCUUCCACCUCCUCCCUCAACCACUUAGAAAAAAAGGUUUCACUACUGAGCCCACUGGUCCCACUCACACAAAGCUAGGUACGUCUUGACCUCUUUCUCCCCUCUCUCUUCAGAUGAAAUCCUGCGACUAGUGAUGUCCGGCCACCCAACAACCUGCCCACUUGACCCCAUCCCCUCGUCCCUUCUCCAGACCAUCUCUGGAGACCUUCUCCCAUUCCUCACUUCCUUCAUCAACUCAUCCCUGACCACUGGCUGUUUCCCCUCUGACUUUAAGAUGGCCAGAACCGCUCCUCUCCUCAAGAAACCAACACUCGACCCCUCUGACGUCAAAAACGACAUCCCUUCUCCUUUUCUUUCCAAAACAGUGUUUUUUUCUUCAUUUUUUUCUCUCUGACUCUCUUGUUAUCUCUCUCAGAAUGAUCUUCUUGACCCUAACCAGUCAAGCUUCAAGGCAGCUCACUAAACUGAUACCACUCUUCUCUCUGUCUGCUCUGCCAAAGCUGACACUCUCUCUUCUGUUCUUAUCCUCCUAGAUCUAUCCGUUGCCUUCGACACCGUGAACCAAUAGAUCCUCCUUCCCACCCUCUCAGGGUUGGGCGUCUCAGGCUCUGCACCAAUCCUGGGAUUACAUCCUACCUGGCAGGUCGCUCUUACCAGGUGGCGUGGAGAGGAUCUGUGUCUGCACCACGUGCUCUCACUGCUGGUAUCCCCCAGGGCUCGGUUCUAGGCGCUCUCCUCUUCUCUCUUCCAUGCCAAGUCACUCGGCUCCGUCAUAUCCUCCCACAUGGUCUCUCCUAUCAUUGCUAUGCGGAUGACAUUCAACUACUCUUCUCCUUCCCCUCUUCUGACACCCGGUGGGACAGGUGGCAGACAUGCUGGAUGUCGCCCUUUCUGCUAUUUGCACUAUCUCGCACUCUAGAUCCAGGUUAUACUAUGUCAUAUUCACUAAGCUAAGCUGCUACAUUGGCACAACUGUAUGUGUUUCUGCUUUAUGUUUUUUUUUACCCAUAUGAACCUGUGUGUUUUUACACCUUUGCAUCUUGGCCAGCGCAGUUGAAAUGAGAACGUUAACUGGUUACCUGGUGUGAAUCAAAAAAAAUAAAAUAAAACCCCUCAGUACUUGCAAACGUAGCUCUCUCCCUCGCGGGAAAAGGCCUGCCCGCUCCAACACCUCUCCAUCAUGGUUGACAACGCCACGGUGUCCCCUUCCCAGAGUGCAAAGAACCUUGGCGUGACCUUGGACAACACCCUGUCGUUCUCUGCAAACGUCAAAGCAGUGACUCGCUUCUGCAGGUUCAUGCUCUACAACAUCCGUAGAGUACGACCUUUCCUCAUACAGGAAGUGGCGCAGGUCCUAAUCCAGGCAUUUGACAUCUCCCGUCUAGACUACUGCAAAUCUCUGUUGGCUGGGCUCCCCACUUGUGCCAUCAAACCCAUGCAAUUUAUCCAGUAUGCCGCAGCCCGCCUGGUGUUCAACCUUCCUAAGUUUUUGCAUGUCAUCCCGCUCCUCCGCACACUCCACUGGCUUCCCGUCGAAACUCACAUCAUCUUCAAGACCCUGGUGCUUGCCUACGGCACAGCAAGGGGAACUGCCCCUCCUUACCUCCAGGUUAUGCUCAAACCCUACAUUCCAACCUGAGCCAUCCGUUCUGCCACCUCUGCUCUCUUGGCCCACCCAACCCUACGGGAGGGCAGCUCCCACUCAGCCCAGUCAAAGAUCUUCUCUGUCCUGGCACCCCAAUCGUGGAACAAGCUUCCCCCUAAAGUAAGGACAGUGGAGUCCCUGCCCAUCUUCUGAAAACGUCUGAAACCCUACCUCUUUGAAGCGUAUCUUAAAGCUAAAAUAUGUAACAAAGUAUUUAUCAGCAAAGUCAGUGCUAGUAGGAAAAGAUGAGUGCCUUUUAUCUUUCAUUUGGGGGGGGGGUUAUAGAUCUGUCAGUAGAUGUGUUCUAUGUGCGCUAUUUCUAUGCUUCCCGUUCUUAAGGUUUGUUUUUGCGUCUUUUACUUUUGGUUUUGUACAUCAGCUUCAAACAGCUGAAAAUACAAUAAUUUUGGUUAUGGAAAAUAUAUUUCACAGCGGUUUAGAUGGUACAAUGAUUCUCUACACUAUACUUGCUUGUUUUGCCACAUUAAACUGAAAUUAGGCGAACUAUUAGAAUUUUAGCAACCAGGAAAUGCUGGUUUGAUUUCAUAGCGCAGCUUUAAAUAACUCUCACGGCGCAAAUGAAAGAUAAAAGCCACUCAUCUUUUCCUACUAGCACUGACUUUGCUGAUAAAUACUUUGUUGAGGGAAAAUGUACUUAAUACGAUUGUGAUGGAUUGUUGUCUCACCUAGCUAUCUUAAGAUGAAUGCACUAAUUGUAAGUUGCUCUGGAUAAGAGGGUCUGCUAAAUUACUAAAAAUGUAAAUAAAAAAAUGUGUAAAACAAAAUCUGACGGUAUUGACAAUAUUGCUUUAUGCAUCCACAAAACAGUCUCUCAACCUAUCCUGGCUGCAACCAAAUACAUUAUGAGUGAACCAGUUUUCCCUCUUUCCUCUUUCUGUUUCUCAGAGGUAUCUAGUUUGUGGACCAGUGAAGACUCCUGGAACUCACCUCAGUGCGGCCCAGUACCUUCAGUAAGAACUACAUCUAGUUUUAUCCAUUUGAUUUCUCUUUAUUCCCAGCACCUAAGUAUAUCACUGUGCUCCGCCGUCUGCUCGAAGGUAGUCUUUUGAGAUCUCAAAUGCAAUCUUCAGAUUUCAAAUGUAGUCUAUUCAGAUCUCCUCGAGCCACUGCAUGUCUGUGUCUCAUCGGGUCUUUGUUCACCCUGUCCUAUAGACUGAGAAGAGUGCAGAUGAAGGAAGCCUCAGAGAUGAAGUACGGAGAACAAGUCGAAGGUGAGUGUGCUCAAUUUGUCUGUAGCGUGUGUGUGCCUUUUUAAUGUGUAUCAGAGACAUAUAUUAUAUGGCACUGAUUUGUAUGAUUAGGGUAUGUGAUUCUUCUCCUUGGACUUAAUACUUCUAUUACAACUCCAAAUCAUUUUCCAGGCCAUACUUGGGAUGACAUCAUCAAGGUCAUGACCUCAGCCACGGUGAGGUUUGAGCUGCUCUCAACGGUCCAUAUGAGCCCGGUGAGUCUUAGGAGCAGUGUGUGUGCACAGUUGUGCACACCAAUAAUCAUGUGUGUGUGGCUCUGUAGCGUGCUGGCCUACCUUGCUCUCCAGGGGGUUUGUGCCUGGCUGGUGUUGUGUUGAGUCAGAGCUGACUGGCAACUGUUUUAAAACACAGGUCACUCUGGACGUGCAGAGGGAAGGCAGUGUGUCCACCAAAGGCCCCAGAGGCGGAGUCUUCGUCAUGUACAACUGUGCUCGGCUGCACACCCUCUUUGACAGUUACGAGCGAGGCGUGGAGAAGGGUGAGACAUGCACAGCAACAUGAUGAUGAUGCAUACGAUUAUGGUCAUUUAGCAGACGUGACUGGCUUAUCCACUGUUAACACGUACUGUAUAUUUGUAGUCCAACCACAAUCUAGCACUUCCUCACCCAACUGAACCACACGGUUGUACAUACGCAAACACUACCAAUAUAUAAUAAUAGACAGACCAUUUAGCAGAAGCUUUUAUCCAAAGCGACUUAGUCAUGUGUGCAUACAUUUUAUGUGUGGGUGGCCCCAGCGGGAAUCGAACCCACAACCGGUGACGUUGCAAGUACCGACUGAGCCACACAAGACCACAAACUACCAUGUUGUAUAUGAGUACUAGUCCACACCAAGCAAUAUAAACAUAAUUGUACUAUGUAUUUAUUCUGAUGCUGCAUGUUCAGUUCCCCUGUAUUUGCCUCCCACAGGACUUUACCCUGAAAUCCCAGAGGGCUCCCAGUUGGACUUCUCAGCUUUAAAAGAAGAGGUAGGCCCACAGUAGGUGUGCAGAUAAAGGAUUAGUUUGACCUUUUAGGUCAUCAUUAUAUGGACGGGGGGGGACCUAAACCUAGAUCAGCACUUCUACUCUGAGACAAUUUGUGAAUAUGGGCCCAGAUAUCUGUGUUUAAUUUUUACUUAGGUCCUCUAGACACUGUUCUACACAGUCAUGGUGUCUAUCUUCCUGUUUCACAGGGGGAGUGGCUUCUUCUGUUCAAUUACCUCAUUCCAUUCUCUGAGCUUCUCGACCAAUCAGGACAGACGUUGGAGUGUGAUGGAGGAGGGGCCAGAGUCAACCUGAAGACUGAACAGGUGAGGUUUAAAAGGAUAUAUUUUAGUGUAUUGAAAUAUCAGUUGAUAGCAAAAAUGAAAACACGAGGGCAGGCCAAACUCUUUGGUCCUUUAAAAACCUGCUGUAUGUAACAUAUUGUUUGCUAUAGCUUGGAAAAUUAAUAAAUGUCACUGGAUGACAACAUAAUGACGUUUGUUUCGAACAUUAGGGCUGUUUUCCUAAAGAAGUUUAAUCCACUUUGUGUUUUGUUUCCUUGCCACGAUACUAACGAGUAUCGUGAUACUGGUAUCGUCCCUGCCCUAGUUGAUCUAGGUGAAUGAAUGCUCAUAUAAUGUAUGUUUAAUGUGUGUGCAAUGUGUGUCCCAGAUCUGCAAGUUCUUGGUGUCCCUCAGUAAGGAUUUUAGCUCCUAUUACAACAGAGUCCACGUCCUUGGGGUAAGCGCUCAGUCAUUUUACCGCUAUGUCUGUCUGUCUGUGUUGAGCAUGGGGGUAGUUAAAUUAGGUUAGAGUUAGUGGACAGUGCACUGUUACAGCAUGUGUCUCGCAGUAUGUAGAAUUAAAUAUAUGUUUGCAUGUGUGAUCAAAUAAAAUAAAAUGUAUUGGUCACAUACACAUGGUUAGCAGAUGUUAUUGCGAGUGUAGCGAAAUGCUUGUGCUUCUAGUUCCGACAGUGCAGCAAUAUCUAGCAAGUAAUAUCUAACAAUUCCACAACAAAAACCUAAUACACACAAAUCUAAGUAAAGGAAUGGAAUAAGAAUAUAUAAAUAUAUGGAUGAGCAAUGUCAUUGUCAGAGUGGCAUAGGAUAAGAUGCAAUAGAUAGAAUAGAAUACAGUAUAUACAUAUGAGAUGGGUAAUGCAAGGUAUGUAAACAUUAUUAAAGUGACUAGUGUUCCAUUUAUUAUAGUGACCAGUGAUUUUCAAGUCUGUAUGUAGGCAGCAGCCUCUCUGUGCUAGUGAUGGCUGUUUAACAGUCUGAUGGCCUUGAGAUAGAAGCUGUUUCUCAGUCUCUCGGUCCCAGCUUUGAUGCACCUGUACUGACCUCGCCUUCUGGAUGAUAGCGGGGUGAACAGGCAGUGGCUCGGGUGGUAGUUGUCCUAGAUGAUCCUUUUGGCCUUCCUGUGACAUUAGGUGCUGUAGGUGUCCUGGAGGGCAGGUAGUUUUGCCCCCAGUGAUGCGUUGUGCAGACCACACCACCCUCUGGAGAGCCCUGCGGUUGAGUGAGAGGUUAUUUUCCUGGCACCACACUCCGAGAGCCCUCACCUCCUCCCUGUAGGCUGUCUCAUCGUUGUUGGUAAUCAAGACUACUACUGUUGCGUCGUCUGCAAACUUGAUGAUUGAGUUGGGGGCUGAGCACGCACCCUUGUGGGGCCCCAGUGUUUAGGAUCAGCGAAGUGGAGAUGUUGUUUCCUAUCUUCACCACCUGGGGCGGCCCGUCAGGAAGUUCAGGACCCAAUUGCACAGGGCGGGGUUGAGACCCAGGGCCUCAAGCUUAAUGAUGAGCUUGGAGGGUACUAUGGUGUUGAAUGCUGAGCUAUAGUCAAUGAACAGCAUUCUUACAUAGGUAUUCCUCUUGUCCAGAUGGGAUAGGGCAGUGUGCAGUGUGAUGGCGAUUGCAUCAUUUGUGGACUUAUUGGGGCGGUAAGCAAAUUGAAGUGGGUCUAGGGUGACAGGUAAGGUGGAGGUGAUAUGAUCCUUGACUAGUCUCUCAAAGCACUUCAUGAUGACAGAAGUGAGUCCUACGGGGUGAUAGUCAUUUAGUUCAGUUACCUUUGCAUUCUUGGGUACAGGAACAAUGAUGGCCAUCGUGAAGCAUGUGGGGACAGCAGACUGGGAUAGGGAGAGACUGAAAAUGUCCGUAAACACACCAGCCAGCUGAUCUGCGCAUGCUCUGAGGACGCGGCUAGGAAUGCCAUCUCGGCCGGCAGACUUGCGAGGGUUAACACGUUUGAAUGUCUUACUCACGUCGGCCACGGAGAAGGAGAGCCCACAGUCCUUGGUAGCUGGCCGCGUCGGUGGCACUGUGUUAUCCUCAAAGCGGGCAAAGAACUUGUUUAGCUUGUCUGGCAGCAAGACGUCGGUGUCCGCGACGUGGCUGGUUUUCCUAUUGUAGCCCCGUGAUUGUCUAUAAACCCUCCCAAAUACAGUUGAAUCGGAAGUUUACAUACACUUAAGUUGGAGUCAUUAAAACUUGUUUUCAACCACUCCACACAUUUCUUGUUAACAAACUAUAUUUUGGCAAGUCGGUUAGGACAUCACUUUGGCAUGACACAAGUAAUUUUUCCAACAAUUGUUUACAGACAGAUUAUUUCACUUAAAAUUCACUGUAUCACAAUUCCAGUGAGUCAGAAGUUUGCAUACAGGGGGGAAAAAAAGUAUUUAGUCAGCCACCAAUUGUGAAAGUUCUCCCACUUAAAAAGAUGAGAGAGGCCUGGGAAUUUUCAUCAUAGGUACACUCAACUAUGACAGACAAAAUGAGAAAAAUUCCAGAAAAACAAAUUGUAGGAUUUUUUAUGAAUUUAUUUGCAAUUAUGGUGGAAAAUAAGUAUUUGGUCAAUAACAAAAGUUUCUCAAUACUUUGUUAUAUACCCUUUGUUGGCAAUGACACAGGUCAAAACGUUUUCUGUAAGUCUUCACAAGGUUUUCACACACUGUUGCUGGUAUUUUGGCCCAUUCCUCCAUGCAGAUCUCCUCUAGAGCAGUGAUGUUUUGGGGCUGUCGCUGGGCAACACAGACUUUCAACUCCCUCCAAAGAUUUUCUAUGGGGUUGAGAUCUGGAGACUGGCUAGGCCACUCCAGGACCUUGAAAUGCUUCUUACGAAGCCACUCCUUCGGUGUGUUUGGGAUCAUUGUCAUGCUGAAAGACCCAGCCACGUUUCAUCCUCAAUGCCCUUGCUGAUGGAAGGAGGUUUUCACUCAAAAUCUCACGAUACAUGGCCCCAUUCAUUCUUUCCUUUACACGGAUCAGUCGCCUGGUCCCUUUGCAGAAAAACAGCCCCAAAGCAUGAUGUUUCCACCCCCAUGCUUCACAGUAGGUAUGGUGUUCUUUGGAUGCAACUCAGCAUUCUUUGUCCUCCAAACACGACGAGUUGAGUUUUUACCAAAAAGUUAUAUUUUGGUUUCAUCUGACCAUAUGACAUUCUCCCAAUCCUCUUCUGGAUCAUCCAAAUGCACUCUAGCAAACUUCAGACGGGCCUGGACAUGUACUGGCUUAAGCAGGGGGACACGUCUGGCACUGCAGGAUUUGAGUACCUGGCGGCGUAGUGUGUUACUGAUGGUAGGCUUUGUUACUUUGGUCCCAGCUCUCUGCAGGUCAUUCACUAGGUCCCCCUGUGUGGUUCUGUGAUUUUUCCUCACCGUUCUUGUGAUCAUUUUGACCCCAUGGGGUGAGAUCUUGCGUGGAGCCCCAGAUCGAGGGAGAUUAUCAGUGGUCUUGUAUGUCUUCCAUUUCCUAAUAAUUGCUCCCACAGUUGAUUUCUUCAAACCAAGCUGCUUACCUAUUGCAGAUUCAGUCUUCCCAGCCUGGUGCAUGUCUACAAUUUUGUUUCUGGUGUCCUUUGACAGCUCUUUGGUCUUGGCCAUAGUGGAGUUUGGAGUGUGACUGUUUGAGGUUGUGGACAGGUGUCUUUUAUACUGAUAACAAGUUCAAACAGGUGCCAUUAAUACAGGUAACGAGUGGAGGACAGAGGAGCCUCUUAAAGAAGAAGUUACAGGUCUGUGAGAGCCAGAAAUCUUGCUUGUUUGUAGGUGACCAAAUACUUAUUUUCCACCAUAAUUUGCAAAUAAAUUCAUUAAAAAUCCUACAAUGUGAUUUUCUGGAGAAAAAAAUUCUCAAUUUGUCUGUCAUAGAUGACGUGUACCUAUGAUGAAAAUUACAGGCCUCUCUCAUCUUUUUAAGUGGGAGAACUUGCACAAUUGGUGGCUGACUAAAUACUGUUUUCCCCCACUGUACACUAAGUUGACUGUGCCUUUCAACAUCUUGGAAAAUUCCAGAAAAUGAUGUCAUGGCUUUAGAAGAUUCUGAUAGGCUAAUUAACAUAAUUUGAGUCAAUUGGAGGUGUACCUGUAGAUGUAUUUCAAGGCCAAACUCAGUGCCUCUUUGCUUGACAUCAUGGGAAAAUCAAAAGAAAUCAGCCAAGACCUCAGAAAAAAAUUGUAGACCUCCACAAGUCUGGUUCAUCCUUGGGAGCAAUUUCCAAACGCCUGAAGGUACCACGUUCAUCUGUACAAACAAUAGUACGCAAGUAUAAACACCAUGGGACCACGCAGCCGUCAUACCACUCAGGAAGGAGACGCAUUCUGACUCCUAGAGAUGAACGUACUUUGGUGCGAAAAGUGCAAAUCAAUCCCAGAACAACAGCAAAGGACCUUGUGAAGAUGCUGGAGGAAACGGGUACAAAAGUAUCUAUAUCCACAGUAAAACGAGUCCUAUAUCGACAUAACCUGAAAGGCCGCUCAGCAAGGAAGAAGCCACUGCUCCAAAAUCGCCAUAAAAAAGCCAGACUACGGUUUGCAACUGCACAUGGGGACAAAGAUCGUACUUUUUGGAGAAAUGUCCUCUGGUCUGAUGAAACAAAAAUUGAACUGUUUGGCCAUAAUGACCAUCGUUAUGUUUGGAGGAAAAAGGGGGCUGCUUGCAAGCCAAAGAACACCAUCCCAACCGUGAAGCAGGGGGGUGGCAGCAUCAUGCUGUGGGGGUGCUUUGCUGCAGGAGGGACUGGUGCACUUCACAAAGUAGAUGGCAUCAUGAGGAAGGGGAAAAUUAUGUGGAUAUAUUGAAGCAACAUUUCAAGACAUCAGUCAGUAAGUUAAAGCUUGGUUGCAAAUGGGUCUUCCAAAUGGACAAUGAUCCCAAGCAUACUUCCAAAGUUGUGGCAAACAUGGCUUAAGGACAACAAAGUCAAGGUAUUGGAGUGGCCAUCACAAAGCCCUGACCUCAAUCCUAUAGAACAUUUGUGGGCAGAACUGAAAAAGCGUGUGCGAGCAAGGAGGCCUACAAACCUGACUUAGUUACACCAGCUCUGUCAGGAGGAAUGGGCGAAAGUUCACCCAACUUAUUGUGGGACGCUUGUGGAAGGCUACCCGAAACAUUUGACCCAAGUUUAACAAUUUUAAAUGCAAUGCUACCAAAUACUAAUUGAGUGUAUGUAAACUUCUGACCCAAUGGGAAUGUGAUGAAAUAAAUAAAAGCUGAAAUAAAUCAUUCUCUCUACUAUUAUUCUGACAUUUCACAUUCUUAAAAUAUAAUGGUGAUCCUCACUGUCCUAAGACAGGGCAUUUUUACUAGGAUUAAAUGUCAGGAAUUGUGAAAAAACCGAGUUUAAAUGUAUUUGGCUAAGGUGUAUGAAAACUUCCGACUUCAACUGUACGUCUUGUGUCUGAGCCGUUGAAUUGCGACUCCACUUUGUCUCGAUAUUGACGUUUUGCCUGUUUGAUUGCCUUGCGGAAGGAACGACACUGUUUGUAUUCUGCCAUAUUCCCAGUCACCUUGCCAUGGUUAAAUGAGGUGGUUCGUGCUUUCAGUUUUUCCCCCUAUUGUUUGACACAUACAGUGCCUUGCAAAAGUAUUUCCUAUUUUGUUGCAUUACAACCUGUAAUUUAAAUGGAUUUUUAUUUGGAUUUCAUGUAAUGGACAUACACAAAAUAGUCCAAAUUGGUGAAGUGAAAUGUAAAAAAUAACUUUUUUUUAAAAAGUAUAAAAAGUAAAUAACGGAAAAGUGGUGCGUACAUAUGUAUUCACCCCCUUUGCUAUGAAGCCCCUAAAUAAGAUCUGGUGCAACCAAUUACCCACAGAAGUCACAUAAUUAGUUAAAUAAAGUCCACCUGUGUGCAAUCUAAGUGUCACAUGAUCUGUCACAUGAUCUCAGUAUAUAUACACCUGUUCUGAAAGGCCCCAGAGUCUGCAACACCACUAAGCAAGGGGCACUACCAAGCAAGCGGCACCAUGAAGACCAAGGAGCUCUCCAAACAGUUCAGGGACAAAGUUGUGGAGAAGUACAGAUCAGGGUUGGGUUAUAAAGAAAUAUCAGAAAACUUUGAACAUCCCACGGAGCACCAUUAAAUCCAUUAUUAAAAAAUUGAAAGAAUAUGGCACCACAACAAACCUGCCAAGAGAGGGCCGCCCACCAAAACUCACGGACCAGGCAAGGAGGGCAUUAAUCAGAGAGGCAACAAAGAGACCAAAGAUAACCCUGAAGGAGCUGCAAAGCUCCACAGCGGAGAUCGGAGUAUCUGUCCAUAGGACCACUUUAAGCCGUACACUCCACAGAGCUGGGCUUUACGGAAGAGUGGCCCGAAAAAAGCCAUUGCUUAAAGAAAAAAAUAAGCAAACACGUUUGGUGUUCGCCAAAAUGCAUGUGGGAGACUCCCCAAACAUUUGGAAGAAGGUACUCUGGUCAGAUGAGCUUUUUGGCCAUCAUGGAAAAGGCUAUGUCUGGCGCAAACCCAACAACUCUCAUCACCCUGAGAACACCAUCCCCACAGUGAAGCAUGGUGGUGGCAGCACCAUGCUGUGGGGAUGUUUUUCAUCGGCAGAGACUGGGAAACUGGUCAGAAUUUAAGGAAUGAUGGAUGGUGCUAAAUACAGGGAAAUUCUUGAGGGAAACCCGUUUCAGUCUUCCAGAGAUAUGAGACUGGGACGGAGGUUCACCUUCCAGCAGGACAAUGACCCUAAGCAUACUGCUAAAGCAACACUCAAGUGGUUUAAGGGAAAACAUUUAAAUGUCUUGGAAUGGCCUAGUCAAAGCCUAGACCUCAAUCCAAUUGAGAAUCUGUGGUAUGACUUAAAGAUUGCUGUAUCCCAGCGGAACCCAUCCAACUUUAAGGAGCUUGAGCAGUUUUGCCUUGAAGAAUGGGCAAAUAUCCCAGUUGCUAGAUGUGCCAAGCUUAUAGAGACAUACCCCAAGAGACUUGCAGCUGUAAUUGCUGCGAAAGGUGGCUCUACAAAGUAUUGACUUUGGGGGGAUGAAUAGUUAUUCACACUAAGUUUUCUGUUUUUUUGUCUUAUUUCUUGUUUGUUUCACAAUAAAAAAUAUUUUGCAUUUUCAAAGUGGUAGGCAUGUUGUGUAAAUCAAAUGAUACAAACCCCUAAAAAAUCCAUUUUAAUUCCAGGUUGUAAGGCAACAAAAUAGGAAAAAUGCCAAGGGGGGGGGGGGGGGGGGGGGGGGUGAAUAUACCAGGCCUGAAAACAUGUUGUACUGGCAGACAGCACAGCUGAUUGGAUUUAAACUGAUUCAAGUUCCCACGUAGUUCAGUCCAUAACGUUUAACCUCAAUCUGUCUCUCUCUCUCUCUCCCCCUCUCUUCCCUUCUCUACAGGAGCCAUUGCCUCACCUCUUCAAUCAGAUGUUCUGUCGGCUGCAGUUGUUGAGAGCACUGAGAGAGCUCUACCAUGGCGCGCUGGAUACUCUUCACCUUCCUCCCAUCCAGCAGCUAUAGCCACAAAUACCCCAACUGUAGCGCCAGAUAUAGCCCCUACAAAUG